CUGCUCUAGGAGGAUGAAUAACUCCUGACCUUUGCCUGGACAAUGCUGAUUGGCUCUGUGCUGAUCACAUGCACUCUCCCAAGAAAAAAAAAAACCUCUCUAGCAAUACACACUAAACUGAGCAUGUGCAGAAUGGCUAAGGGUUCAGUAUGUCUUAUCAGGAGAUAAAACGUGGAUAUUUGAUCAAGAGGAGGGGCAGAGAAGACAGGAUCAAACGGCCUUUUACACAAUGCAGAGGAUUAACAAGCAUGCUUUACUGCGUAUACAGAUGAUUCUACUGUUGUGGGUUUAG